UCCCUAACAGUUGAGAAAUAAUAUAAUAAUAAUAAUAAUAGAAGUACUGUAGCAUGUUUAUCUUCCGGUAGAUGUUUGUGGUUCCCACUGAGAGAAGAAAAACUAAAACAUGCAGAAACCAACAAAAAAUGAAACCUGUUGAUUUGUUCAGUGUCCUUGUGUCACGACAUCAAUUUACAAAUAAUAAGAAACGCCUUUUUCGGGGAAAAAGACGUAAAUUCAAGAUUCAAAAUGAGUGUUUGCACCUCGAGCGUCACAAACAUCUCACUUAAUAUCAUGAAAAUGAUUUACAUCGUCCCUCGUGUGUCUCUCUUGAUGCUACAUCUCUUUAGACAGUGUGAGACAGCAGCACAGCUGUAAAAUGCUGAAAACAUCUCUAUUUAAGAAGCUUAUCUAUUAUCAAGAAAAUAAAAGGUCAGUGGUUUAUGUUUCAGAGUUUACCUCCAAUGUGCCCCAUUCCGUGAAGGGUUAAACUUUUGAAACAAGGUGUUCAUACCACAGCUGACUGAUGGGGUAGAAAAGGAUGUGCAGUGCAGUCGUUUCUCAGAAGUCUGCCUUCCUGCUCGUAGGCAGGGGGACGUUCAACAGAGGUUGGGGGAGGGUUACUCCCACCCACAUGACUGCUGCAUUUCAGUACAUAUAAGAGCAACCCUCAAACGCCAACACUCUAGAUGCUGAAAGGACGCAAAGGAGAUAACGGUUCUAUUGAACUCUGGAGCUUUGUCUGCACAACCUGCUGCUCUGUCUGUGUAGAAUGUCACACAAGAAGAUGCUGCAAUGCUCCAUGGGAGCUCUGCUUCUCCUCUUACCCUGGUUUGGUGGCCUGGUCCAUGGAGAGAUCAGUAAGAACUUCUCCCAGUGCUUUGACUUCUUCUAUAAGAAAACUCCACCCACAGGUAUCCCAGCAGAGGGGUACCAGCCAAUAUGCCAGCGCUACCAAAACCGGUACCGCUUUGCAACCCUGUAUCACCGCCAGCAUCGUUCACCUCUGUACUCUGCGUACAAACUCAGUCCUCCAGAUGGCAAGCGGCCCAACCAGGCAUGGAUGUAUGAACCUCAGUUGGCGUUUUCCCGUGCCAGCUCAGAGAUGCAAAACUUCCAUACCCUCGUGGACCAGAAUGUGAAGGAGAGCCAGGCGGUGGAUGAGGACUACAAGGACUCCGGCUUCACCAGAGGCCACCUCAAUCCAAGCCUGCACCACGAGACAGAACAAGACCGCAGGGCCACCUUUACGCUGACUAACAUUGUCCCACAGCAUAAGAGCUCCAACAACGGACCGUGGAAUGUUCUGGAGCAGGAGGUUUUAACAAAAUUCAAGGCCUUCUGCAACGGGACUAUGCAUGUGAUCACUGGAGUCAUGCCGUAUGAGUCUGAACCACAAUGGAUCAACAACAGGGUGUCUGUCCCUGAGUACAUGUGGUCGGCCUACUGUUGCCCAUCCUUCAGAUCCGACCUUCCCAAGUCCGAGCAGCGCUUUUUCCCCACGUAUGCCGCAGUGGGAAGGAAUGAUCCUAACAGUGGAGAGGAGUUUGUGCCAGUUAACGUCACGGCGAAACCCUCGGUGAGGGGCUACGAGGUGCGGCGCAUGUCCUUAGAGGAGCUGGAGGACAUCCUGAGAAAGAGGCUGGACAUGACCAUCACUCUGUUUAAUGGACAGUGCCAGUAUGAAAUGUCUCUGUGGUGGGUGUGCACUGCUGUAUUCACCAUGUGCAGCACAUCUUUUAUUCUUUAAUCACUUGAAUGAUCGUUCUAAUAAGGAAAGGAAAUACAUUUUUCUAAUGAUUUUAUUUUUCAAAUAUUAUUUUCCCUGUUAUGUUGUCAUCCUGUAAAACAACUGACCAUGUGAUCUUAAUAAUGGAUCAAGGCAUUAAACGGGUGAAGAGCCUUUUGAUUAAACAAAAUGAAUAUGAAUUAAUUAAGUAUCCAAUUUGUUUAUACACAU